CGCAAUUUUCAUCAGUGCUAUUAACACCUAACACUUAAAAAUGGUUCGAGGAAUUUUUUCGUUUCUUAUUGGAAUUUAUGCAGGAAUAUACCUAAGUCAAAAUUAUGAUGUCCCAAGAGUAGAUGAUCCAACAGCUUUAUACCAAAAAAUUAAGGACUUUGCAGAUAAACACAAGAAAUAAUAUCAUCCUUCUGUAAUACAUUUUAUUAAUUUUAAGA